GGAAAAUUUAGCAGAAUUUUUGAAAGCAGCAAUGGAAAAUUUCUCGCGUCCUAUACACGAAGAUGACUAUGACGCACUUCUAGAAACUAUAUAUUAUUUAAAGGAAGUCAGGGAUCGUCAAUACGAGAUCGAAGACAUGUUUGAUCCAAUUAAGAAAACAAUAGAACUGCUACAAGGCUACAACGUGUACUUAGACGAGAAAAUUUUUAAUUGGCUCGUAGAAUUGCCCGUUAAUUGGGAAACAUUGAAAAAGAUGGCUGCUCAAGUGAAACAUAUCGUCCAACCAUUGAUGACUCGUCAAAUCGAUCUUUUGAAGAAGAGGCUAAGCUAUUAUGACUUUAAACAACACCGUUUCCUGAACGAAUUCCACGAACAAGAUGUUUUCAACCCAGAUUGCGAAAAUCAUUAUGAAAAACUAAACGAAAUACGUGAAGAGGUUUUAAAAUUCCUGAGCGAAGAAAAAGAUCUACGUGAUCAAAUUGUCAUCUUUGAGCAGGAAUUGCCUGAAUUUAAAAUGACGAAACAGAUACAAAAGGAGAUGCAGUUUUUGAAAACUUUGUGGGAUUAUGUAAAUGUCAUUACAACUUCUUUGAAUGAGUGGAAGAAAACCACGUGGAAGAAACUAGAUGUCGAAUGGAUGGAUCAAGAGUGCAAAAAAAUUCUCAGAGAAUUAAGACAACUGGACAAAGACGUGCGUCAUUGGGAAUUGUACACUAAUAUCGAAGCACAAGUAAGGAACAUGAUGGCAUCAUUGAGAGCGGUCUCAGAAUUGCAGAAUCCAGCAAUUAGGGACAGGCAUUGGAGGGAAUUAAUGGCUGAAACGAAGGUGGUAUUUAUCAUGACCGAUAAUACAACAUUGGAAGACUUGCUGAAGUUACAAUUGCACAAAUAUGAAGAAGAAGUUAAAAAUAUUGUCGCUAAAUCAGUGAAGGAAAUGGCAAUGGAAAAGGUGCUAAAAGAACUUAACGACACUUGGAGUACGCUCGAAUUUGGGAAAGAGAUACACGAGCGUACGAAAUUAAAUAUUCUUAAAAUCGACGAGGAAACUAUUGAAAUCCUUGAGGACAAUCAGGUGCAACUGCAAAACAUGUUAGGUUCGAAAUUCGUUGGAUAUUUUCUCGGUGAAAUUCUUGACUGGCAGAGAAAACUAAGUACUGCAGAUGCUGUGAUUAAUGCAUGGUUCGAAGUUCAACGAGCUUGGGGUUAUCUCGAAAGCAUUUUCAUCGGCUCUGAAGACAUUAGGAGCCAACUUCCAGAAGAAACCAAGCGGUUUGAAAAAAUUGACAGGGAGUUCAAAGAACUGCUGAAGGAAAUGCUGAGCAAUUUGAAUAUCAUAAAAGCAACCAACCGGCCUAAACUUUUAGAGAAACUAGAAGAGCUGCAAGUGCAACUAAAUUUCUGCGAGAAAGCGUUAGCCGAUUACUUGGAAACAAAGAGAUUAAUUUACCCAAGGUUUUAUUUCAUCUCCGCAGCAGAUUUACUUGAUAUUUUAAGCAAUGGGAACAAUCCUGAAUUGGUCUGCAGACAUCUGUCAAAGCUGUACGACUCUAUUGCAAAAUUACAUUGGAAAAUGGACGGUGGGAAACCAACGAAGCAGGCGAGAGUUAUGAUUGCCAAAGACGGUGAGGAAAUGGCUAUUCAUGGGACUUGCGAUUGCAGUGGAAAGGUGGAAGUCUGGUUGAACAACGUAACAGAUGCGAUGAAGAGAUCGGUAAGGUAUCAUAUAUCUCAGGCAGUAGCCACGUACGACGAGAAACCACGUGAACAAUGGAUUUUCGAUCAUCGAGCUCAACCCGCGCUAUGCGGAACACAAAUCUGGUGGACUACGGAAGUAAACAUGGCCUUUAUGAGACUAGAGGAAGGUUUCGAGAAUGCGUUUAAAGAUUAUCAGCGAAAGCAAAUUAAUCAGUUAAACGCGUUGAUAGUACUUCUCUGUGGAGAUUUGAGCGAAAGCGAUAGAAGGAAGAUCAUGACAAUCUGUACAAUCGACGUGCAUGCAAGAGACGUUGUAGCGAAAAUGAUCGCGAUGAAGGCAGAUCACUAUUCUAGUUUUCAGUGGCAAUCUCAACUCAGGCACAGGUAAACUCGACGACGAUUGAUUUGGUCGUAUAGUGGAGCCUCUAGUAUCCGAACGUUCCACUAUCCAAGGCUUCUAUUAUCCGGACACUAUAUUUUCCUGCCUAUGUCCUCUACUAUCGCACAAACAAACAAACAAAUUGACUUGAAGUGUAUCUGUAGUUACGUCCUUCCUUAACCUCAUUUCAUUCGUACAUUGUCACAAUAUAAAGUUGACAAUAUACGUGUCAAUAUUGUAGUAUCGUGGACAAAAGGCCUAAGAUAUCGACCGAAUCGUAAACAAUGUCGCGAGAGCCGCGGCAUCGUCGGGUACAUCAAUGUGUCGUCGGUCCUUUCAAGUGAACAGUUUCGUGG